GGGUUUCCGUUGGAAUUUCAUUUCUCUUCUCCCUCCUUAAACAUUCCAGAAAAGUAAAAAAAAUAAAUAAAAAAUCGUGAGAAAGAGAGAGAAGAAAAUAGAAGGAAAAAAGAAAAACAAAAAAAGAAAUCCCCUUCACCCCACCCCACAGGAGGCAACAAAGGACAAGAAAAAACUGAAGUCUCCCUCCGUUCCCUUCUUCACGCUUCUCUCUCCCUCGCUCCUCAUUGUAUUCCCGUCACCUUUUCAAACAUCUAAACAAGGCACAUUAUGUGAUUUUGUGAUUCCUGGACGAUCAAGUGAUGACUAACAACAAAAACACGGAAUCUUCCAAGGGAGACGGCGGCCCCCCUCCUCCACCUCCACCUCCAGCACCAGGACAACUUGAAAAUAUGCGUUUUCACGGCGGCAAUGCGAUUUUCAAGAGCGGGCCGCUUUUUAUUUCAUCCAAAGGAAUUGGAUGGACAUCCUGGAAGAAAAGGUGGUUUAUUCUAACAAGAACAUCACUGGUUUUCUUCAGAAGCAAUCCGAGUGCUAUUCCUCAGAAGGGGAGUGAAGUGAACCUGACCCUCGGUGGUAUUGACCUCAACAAUUCAGGCAGUGUGGUUGUCAAAGCAGAUAAAAAGCUCUUGACUGUUCUCUUUCCUGAUGGCCGUGAUGGACGAGCAUUCACUCUCAAGGCUGAAACUUCUGAAGAUUUAUAUGAAUGGAAGACUGCUCUUGAGAAUGCUCUGGCACAGGCACCUAGCACCUCUCUGGUGAUGGGGCAAAAUGGUAUCUUCCAAGAUGAUCAGGCUGAUGGUUCUUUGGAACAGUUGAAGGAUAAGCAUCCUGUAAAAUCUUUGGUCAUUGGCAGACCGAUUUUACUUGCUAUAGAAGAUGUUGAUGGAUCUCCAUCUUUUCUGGAGAAGGCUUUAAGGUUUAUAGAAGACCAUGGAAUAAAGGUGGAAGGCAUCUUGCGGCAAGCUGCAGAUGUUGAUGAUGUUGAGCAUCGAAUAAAGGAAUAUGAGCAGGGAACAACCGAGUUCUCUCCGAAGGAGGAUGCACAUGUCAUUGCUGAUUGUGUCAAGUAUUUCCUCCGAGAGUUGCCAUCAUCUCCAGUCCCCACAUCAUGCUGCAAUGCACUGCUUGAAGCAUGGCGAACUGAUCGUGGCAGUAGGGUAAAUGCCAUGCGGGUGGCAGUAUGUGAAACGUUCCCAGAGCCAAACCGUCGAUUAUUGCAGAGAAUUCUUCUAAUGAUGCAAACUGUAGCUUCUCACAAAGCUGUAAACCGAAUGAGCACUUCUGCUGUGGCUGCUUGUAUGGCACCCUUACUUCUUCGUCCUCUUCUAGCUGGUGACUGUGAAAUUGAAUCCAAUUUUAAUGUGGGGGGCGAUGGUUCCAUUCAGCUUCUGAAAGCAGCAGCUGCAGCUAAUCAUGCACAAGCCAUUGUUAUAACAUUAUUGGAAGAGUAUGAAAAAAUAUUCAGUGAAGGUUCCAUGUCCCCAGGACUGUACUCUGAUUCAGAUGAAUGUGGAAGCGAGGAUGAGGAGGUAACUGAUGAUGAUGAGUCUUAUGUAGAUGAUGCAACGGAAGAAUCUGAUGUAUAUACAGAUGAUGAUCAUGACAAUGCAUCAAGUGGAACCUGCACUCAGAGCGGUGACUCUUGUGAAGAUGAUCCGUCUGACCAUGAGAUGCAGGGCAGUGAUGAUCUUAGUUCUGGUUUCAAGUACCCUGAAGCUGAGGUAGACAAUGAUUUGAAAGUUGAACAAAAGUUGUCAUCACAUCCGGUUCAAGCUUCAUUGCCUGAUACUCUUGAUCAAAGCAGCAACAGUUUGGCAAUGCUGCCAGAUAAGUCAGAUGACCUGUCUGUAGAUGUUUCUACUGAAACAAGUUUGGAGAAUAGGAUUGCUGAUUAUAAUGCAUCCCCAAAUGCUAAAAAACCUACCACUAUAUCAAAUGGACUUGUGCGCGGCAAGCGUCCAACUGUUUGGGGACGUACUGCUGCAAAGAAGAACCUUUCUAUGGAAUCCAUUGAUUACCCUAUUGAGGACGAUGUUGAAAUCCAGAAGCUGGAGGCAACUAAAAUUGAGAUGCAAAAUAUAAUUUCUGAAGAGGUCAAAGUUAAUGCCAUUUUGCAAGCCAACUUGGAAAAACAAAAGAAGGCAUUUCACGAGUAUCGUCUAGCUCUCCAGCAAGAUGUAGCAAGACUACAAGAACAGCUGCAAAAGGAGAGAGAGAAGAGAAAAUUUCUGGAAGCAGGACUUAACACUUCCAAGGGACCCUUGCAAGUUCCAGUCACAAUUGAUGAAAAAAUGAAGGCAGAGCUUGAGGAAAUAACUCAAGCAGAGGCAGAUGUUGCCAAUUUGAAGCAGAAGGUUGAUGAUCUACAUGCGCAGCUUAAUCAACAGUGUGAUGAACGCUCUGGUUCUAUGCAUGGUUUGGGCAAUCAGCCUAUGAAUGCUUCAUUACAUAAGGCGAAAGGGAAUGGUGAAGAGAAGGAUGCUGAAGCUACUGCUUCUUCACAAUUUGGAUGUUCUGCAAGCAAGGAUACGUGUAUGGAUGGAGCUGAAACCCAGCAGCUGGAUUCAAAACAUUGUGGCAACUCCAGACCCAUUUCUUCAACCAAUUCCAAGAGGUCUGGUGCAAGGAGUGAGGGAAUGAAUUCCACCACUUCUGCAUUGACAAGGUUGACAACCCGGCUCAACUUUCUGAAGGAGCGGCGUAGCCAGAUUGCGAAUGAACUCCAGAAUAUGAACAAGGGCCGAGGUUCAGAUCUAAAACUCGAGAAGGGCCGAGGUUCAGAAAUAUAUUCGGUUCAAAAUCUAGUAAAAGGUAAAGGAUUGGAAUGUCUGGGAGAAGAAGAGGGGAAACCACUUCAGAAUUCUGAAAAAUCUACAACAUCAGAUAGUCAAUCACUGCAGGACCUAGAUGGUGGACAAUAUUCGGAAGAUCAGCAUCUGCGAAGUUUGGAAAGAGGAAAAUCUGAUGGCCAUGUAUCCUAUAAUGCAGGCAGAGGUAAACCUCUGGUGGCUCCGAGGAUUAAUUCGAGAUGAUACAUGGACUCUAAUUUUGUGUCGAGGGGACAUAGCUUUGUCCUCAACAAUUUGUUUGAGACAGGUAUUAGUGAUGAGUAAUUGGAGAAUCUUACGGGAUGACAGAGCUGCAAGGUUGAUAUAUGCCCUUGUCGAGACGCUCAAAGUUAUGACUUCGCUACAAGUCCAUGAUGUAUACAUAUAAUAACAAUUUCCUUGAUGCAAGAACUGUCUGUAAUUUAGUUAUUGAGUUUUGCUGGUUCAGAGAUGAUUCAGUAGGGGCAGUUUGGUGUUUUUAUAAAUUUUGAAAGAAAAAAAAAAUUAAAUUAAUUUUUUUUGUUUUCAGAUUAUACUACCGGUAGUUGACAGUCUUAAUCGCUUGUAUUGUCAAAUGUAAUUUUUUAUAUGGUUGGAAUCACUGGGCCUUUUGCUGUUGA